UGCAACUUACCAAAAGCUGCUGAGUCAUUUCGCUAGGAAUCAACUCUGCAGUGCUGCAAACCAUGCCUGAGUAUAAGCUGUAUUACUUUAAUGUACGUGGCCGUGSAGAGCCAGCGAGACUUUGCUUUGCUGCAGGUGGAGUUGCCUUUGAAGACGUAAGAUUCACUCAAGAGCAAUGGCAGGAGAAGAAAAAGGAGGGCUUCAGUCCAUCAGGCCAGCUCCCUAUGCUUAUGGUUGAUGGCAAAAAGCUGACUGAAUCCAUGGCCAUCAUGCGAUAUGCUGCUAGGCAAUCUGGUCUUACACCAUCUGACAGCUUUGAGGUUGCCCGUUGUGAUAUGGUGGUUGAUAUGACAUCUGAUUUUUKGUCAAAACUAGGCCCAAUGUUUUAUGAAAAAGAUGAAGAAAAGAAGAAAAAGUUUUUGGAAGAACUACAAUCCACUCAUAUUCCUAAGUACAUAACGAACACAACCAAUGUGUUAAAAGAAGGAAAAGGAUUUUUUGUUGGUGAUAAG